AUGCCAGUAGCAGGCGCACAGGGGGGCGCAGGGGGAGGUGCAGGCGCACAGGGGGGCGCAGGGGAGGUGCAGGCGCACAGGGGGGCGCAGGGGGAGGUGCAGGCGCACAGGGGGGCGCAGGGGGAGGUGCAGGUGCCCAGGGCUGUGCAUCCCAGGGCUGUGCAUCCCAAGGCUGUGCAGCCCAAGGCUGUGCAUCCCAAGGCUGUGCAUCCCAAGGCUGUGCAGCCCAAGGCUGUGCAUCCCAAGGCUGUGCAGCCCAAGGCUGUGCAUCCCAAGGCUGUGCAUCCCAAGGCUGUGCAUCCCAAGGCUGUGCAUCCCAAGGCUGUGCAUCCCAAGGCUGUGCAUCCCAAGGCUGUGCAUCCCAAGGCUGUGCAUCCCAAGGCUGUGCAUCCCAAGGCGGUGCAUCCCAAGGCGGUGCAUCCCAAGGCGGUGCAUCCCAAGGCGGUGCAUCCCAAGGCGGUGCAUCCCAAGGCGGUGCAUCCCAAGGCGGUGCAUCCCAAGGCGGUGCAUCCCAAGGCGGUGCAUCCCAAGGCGGUGCAUCCCAAGGCGGUGCAUCCCAAGGCGGUGCAUCCCAAGGCUGUGCAUCCCAAGGCUGUGCAUCCCAAUAGUGUUCCCGGAGGUGGCGAGGGCUCGUCAAAGCCGCCUACAGCUUCGCCUUCGACGGUCAGCACCGCGCCCGUCAAGCGACCGCGUGUGGGAGUUACGUACAAGCAGCAGACGCUCUGGGGCGCCCCUCCUCCCCGAAACGCUACUUCCCACAAGCGCCCUGCUCCUUCGGCCGAUCCGAAGCCACCCACCGCUCUGGCGGAUGCUGAGUAUGAAUCGGUGAAGAAGACGUUUGAGGGUCAGUGGGCAGGUAGCUUCAAGUGGUUACCGCACACCGCGUACGGGGCGAAGGGUGAGGGUGCUCGGGAUCUCCAGAUUGGCAGCAUCCGCACUCACACCUCCUCCCGUGCACACAAGCAGUCGUUGGAGAAUCAGGAGAAGGCGGAGGCGGAGAGGGCGAAGCAGGCCACAAUCACACGAUGGCAGACCACGGACGCUUCCACUCGUCACAUCAUUCGGCUCCUCCACAUCGCGCACUUUGUCUGCAAGGCCGACGCACCCAUAGCGAUGUUCGUGGACGUUACCCUUGUUGCGCACAUCGUGCAGCAGACAAGGAUGCGUCUGAAGUCGCGGUAUUCCCUCCGCGACCCUGCACACCAUUUCGGCAGCGGGGAUAAAAUGCAGCUUCCCGAGUUCAUUCAGAGGCACGGGGCAAGGGAUAAGCGCGAGAUGAAGGCGGAGGGCGUAGACGGGGACGGGAAUCCCGUCACGUUUGAGUUUACGCUGCACGAGCGCCCGCUGCCAGGACAUGAAACGGAUGGCGAUGUCACGGCGUGCGUCGAGCUGUCGAUUAAGUAUGUGCGCGCCAUCGAUGCCGAGCUGGAGUGGCGGAUGCGCGAACUGGAGCUGCUGGAAGGUUCGAAGCUGUUUCGCACAGCUUCGUACGUGUCCGACGACACGAAGCGACUGGAAACCUUCAAGAAGUGGCUCAGCCAGCUGCAUAAGUUGUACCACCACAAGUUGCCAGGUAAGCCUUGUGCAGCGAUUGCACAUGUUAUGAUGUGUGUUGUCGCAACUAUGUCUUACAUGAGGGUGACCAACGCACUUAUUGCAUACUGUUGCUUGUUGGACUAA